AUGAGCGCCAUAGCCUUGUCAUUGGAUCCCGGUUCAAUGAUUGGAAGCAAAAGUGGCUUGUCCUGGCAUGAACCCCGUUCCCAGCACCACCAACACCACCAUUUUGACGACAUUAUGUUUGGAGACGAUUUCAGUGUCGUGGGCCAGACAAGCGACGGUGGCACCAUGUCUCCUAUCAGCGCAAAAUCAUCAGCCUCCAGCCCAUCCUUCUCUUUCGCGCCAGAUCACCACAGCCUGAAGCGUCAGCAAGACCGUGUUCGCAGAGACUCCCGCCUCAACGCCAGAUUACGCCGCUACAGCAACUCUUCGUACGCCGAUUCGGCCAUUAUGAGCCCAACCGAUACCAUCGGGAAUCUGGGACUUGCUGUCUACAACCCGACGACUCACACGACCGUGCCGUUGAUCGCUGAAUCGCCACAAUUGAUGCCAACAUCUUCAUACAUGCCGUCUUACAGCCCAACCUCGUCGGAACACUCACACGGGUACUCGCUAUCAUAUCAGCAGCCACUUCCGCAAUCGUACCACCUUCCCAUCGACUACUCCAACGGAUAUCUCGGUGCAAGCGAGUUUGGCGGCAUGAGAACAGGCUAUCAGCCGGCGUCUUCAGUGCCCCACGCCCAAGAAAGCAGCUUGAUGCAUCAAAUGCCACCAAGUCCUUCAGCUACGGCUCCUGAUGCUUCUCCUUCCGGAGCAUCAUCGAGCCGACCGAAGCCCCGAUGCUGGGACCAUGGAUGCAACGGACGCCAGUUCUCCACGUUCAGUAAUCUGCUGCGCCAUCAGCGUGAAAAGUCUGGUCAGGCCGCCAAAGCAACCUGCCCAAACUGUGGCGCGGAAUUUACUAGAACUACGGCUCGGAAUGGGCAUAUGCUGCACGACAAGUGCAAGCGAAGAACUCCUGGAAGCAGCAGUGCUUGA